GCACCACUGAUGUAACUUUCAUUUCCUGAUCGCGAUGUUACGGACGCUGUGUCGGACCGGCGGCCUCAUUUUGCAGCAGACCCAGCGGACCGUGCCGAGGUUGUGUGUUAACCCAGUUCAGCAGCGAUGGGCGUCCAGCCUGCCCAUGAACACCGUGGUGCUGUUUGUGCCCCAGCAGGAGGCUUGGGUGGUGGAGAGGAUGGGUCGCUUCCAUCGGAUCUUGGAGCCGGGUUUGAACUUCCUCAUACCCAUACUUGACAGAAUUCGCUAUGUUCAAAGUCUCAAAGAAAUUGUGAUUGAUGUCCCAGAGCAGUCUGCAGUAUCCCUAGAUAAUGUAACACUGCAGAUUGAUGGCGUGCUUUACUUAAGGAUACUAGACCCUUUUAAGGCCAGCUACGGUGUUGAGGAUCCAGAGUAUGCUGUCACACAGUUGGCACAGACCACCAUGCGUUCAGAACUGGGCAAACUCACAUUGGACAAAGUGUUCCGAGAAAGGGAGUCUCUGAAUUCCAACAUCGUCCAUUCCAUCAACCAAGCUUCAGACGAGUGGGGAAUCCGUUGCCUUCGUUACGAAAUCAAAGAUAUACACGUUCCACCUCGUGUCAAAGAGUCCAUGCAGAUGCAGGUGGAAGCUGAGCGUAAAAAGAGAGCCACGGUGCUGGAGUCUGAGGGGACAAGAGAAUCAGCCAUUAACGUCGCUGAGGGUCGUAAACAAGCACAGAUCUUAGCCUCGGAGGGUGAAAAAGCAGAACAGAUCAAUAAAGCGGCUGGUGAGGCUCAAGCAGUUCUAGCCAAAGCUGAGGCCAAAGCCAAGGCCAUCCGUAUGUUGUCAGAUGCUUUGACAGAGCAGAAUGGAAAUGCUGCCGCUUCGCUAAGUGUAGCCGAGCAGUACGUGUCUGCUUUCUCAAACCUCGCUAAAGAGUCAAACACCAUCCUUCUGCCCUCUAACACUGGUGACAUUAGUGGAAUGGUUUCGCAGGCUAUGACUAUUUAUAGCACGCUGGCAAAGCCAAGCAUGAGGGUAACUCCAGAGGUUUUGGAGGAGAACCGUGAAGAGGCUGCGAACCCGUCGGGAUCACCUCAAGAACAAAGAAUUAAUGAAUGAACUCAAACUAAUAAAUGACACAGAACCAGAAGAA